CUCUUUCUCUCCGUUCACGUUCAGUAUCUUUGUUAUUGUGGUAAACACGUCCUUCAGGUUUGGUUCGUUGUCGAUGUACUUUGCAUACAGCACCAGACUGCCUCCACUGCGUGCGUAAUUAGCGUCUGAAGCUACCGAGCGAUCGCCCAACGAUGGCUGAAGGGUCAGGUGAUCAGCAACCUUCAGGCUCCAACCAGGCCCAGCCUGCAGGAGGUGCGUGGUCAUGGGGCUCGAUUUUCCAAGCAGCGCGAGACAAGUCAGCCGAAGUGAUGGAAUUCGUAAAACGAGACCUAGACGAAUUUUCCUCUGCAAUGAGUAAUCAAGCAAGCAAUGUCGUUUCAACCACUGCCACCGUUCUAAAAGAUAAGCUCAAGCUGGACGAUGAGGAAUCUACAGCUGGCUCGAUGAAAAAGAGCAUUUCCUCCUUGCUUGGACAGGUGAAUGAAGUGCUCAACCCUCAACCUGACGACGAGGAUGAAGAACCACUUGUUAUUCAAGGUUCCGAACCGGUGUCACUCUCUCCCUUCCAGAAAAAGUUAGUCGACGUGGCCAACGAUGCAUCAACCUUCCUUCUUGACCCUGCUGAGGACAAGACCUUAGCACCACAGUUCCAAGCUUGGCUAGAAUGCCAAGAAGAGAACUCUUUGAACACCAACCGCUUAACGAAACUGCUGUCGUCAAACGCUCACUUGAAGGCAAACUAUGAGAAGCUCGUCCCUGAAGAGAUAUCGCACCUCCAGUUUUGGCAAAGAUUCAUGUUCCACAAAGCUCUUUUGGAAGACGAAGAGGCUAGACAACAAGCUAAACAGAAAAGACUGGAGGAGGACAAGCAGCGGGCAGUUGAGGAAGCAAAGAAAUCUCUGAAGCACGGAGUCAAGGUUGGCAGCAGUGUUGAGCUCUCUGAAGAAGAGCAAAUCCGCCUUCUUCAGGAAUACGAACUGGAGUGUGCCGCUGCCUCUAGAAUAUCUGGUGAUCUACCCAUGAAGGCGGACCACUACUCGCCGCCUGGCAAAGACCAGCUCAAACCAACGGACAUUAAAACUAGGGACAAGCGCGACAUGGUUAUAGUUGGCGAUGGCCCCAGCAACAGCAGUAGUGGACAAACUUCUGUUGGAGAUAAAGAGAGCAUUGACGGAGACUGGGAGAAAGAAUUCGACUUGGAGGACGUAGACGACGAAGCUACUGCGGCAUGAGACAGGAAGCUCGCUAAAUAGACAGUACUGGGUCUGGUUCCACGCAGUGAGAUUGAAUGUGAGUGAAGUGGCAUUUGCUAGUCAGCAGCAAAAAAAGUGUGCAUCCGAUUUGUCGCAACCCCAAAGUGGGGUUACAAUGAAAGAGAGUAUUUUGGUACAUCUGUGAAUCCCGAGUGGUUGUCUUAUUUUGAGAAUCUUAGUUCUAAUGAUUAACAUUUUUAAUUUUAAGACAAUUGAAGCAUAAUCAAUGCUUGCCAGUGAAUUUUGGCAUUUGAUUGUAAGAGCGUCCGUACCUCUAAAAUGCAGCCUAUUUCUGUAGGCAGCGUCGCUUGCAGGCAUUUACAAUUUUUAUAGCAGUUGGUCGAUCGAUUUUUUUCCAACUCCUAUAUUGCUGCACUUUUGGUCUUAUCCUGCUCGACGCAUACCUUUUAUCUAUACGUUAUUCUAUGAGAAUAAAAGAGAUAAUUUUGAAUGUAUCUAA